AUGCGGCAAAUCGAGGGACACUUGCGACAGCUGCGCAGCGCUGCGCUGGGCUCUGGCUGGUUGCAGGAGUUACAGCGCCCCUCGGAACUUGCCUUCAGGCAGAGGUGGGAAGACUGGCACAGAGAGGCCGUUGGCACACCGCCCGAGCACCGCCGGGAGCGAGCGGUAGGCUCAAAGUCCGCCGCUGAAAGUCCCACGGAGAGGAGACUGGACUCAGCGAUGAUUCCUAGGACUCAGCCGAAGACAAGAACGUCAACCGUUGAGAGUGAUAGGAGUUCCAAUUCAGCGACGAUUCCUAGACCUCCUUCUCAGACGAGAACGUCAACCGUUGAGAGCGAUAGGCACGGGGUCACGAGGCCACGAACCCCCAGCACAAGAACACCGACCGUUGAGAGUGAGAGGCGACCCCAUUCAGCUGUGACGAGCCCACACAGUCCCAAGACGAGAACAUCAGCAGCUGAGAGUGAGAGGCGCUCCCAAGCGGCUGCGCCAAGAAGUCCGGAGGUGAUGAGCCCACGAACUUCCAAGACGAGAGCGUCGACGGUUGAGAAUGAGAGGAGACCGGAUUCAGUGACGUCCAAGCUGAAAGCAUCGACAGAGAUCGAGAGGAGACCGUUGGAUCCCGUGAGUCCCAAGUCAUCGAUGAUGGACUCAGAGAGGAGGUCCACGUCUGGGCCUUCUGUGAGUCCCAAGUCAUCGAUGAUGGACUCAGAGAGGAGGUCCACGUCUGGGCCUUCUGUGAGUCCCAAGUCAUCGAUGAUGGACUCAGAGAGGAGGUCCACGUCUGGGCCUUCUGUGAGUCCCAAGUCAUCGAUGAUGGACUCAGAGAGGAGGUCCACGUCUGGGCCUUCUGUCGGCAAGCAGAGGGCCACGACCAUGCCCGAAAUGGAGGCCGUAAAGCAGCUAUCCGAAAGAUCAGGAAGGCGAACGAGCGUUCAGAAAGCUAGGAACAUCGACACGUCAGGUUUGAAGCGGGAGCUGUCCUUCACAUCGGUGUCCCUCAACGACGUGAGCCGUGCCAUUGAGAGCGACGAAGAGCCAGAGAUCGAUUGGCUGGAGGAUUUCUGGCACAGCGUUUUGGUGAGCGCUCCCGCGCCGGAGUUGAAGUGGAUGGCGGCCAGGCCUUUGUCGAGCUGGGUGACCAUCUACAACCGCUGGCAGGCGAUGGGGAACUGGAAGCCAGGCUUUGCCCCCCAGUACCUGGACGCCUAUAAGAUGCAGGAGCUGCUGCAGAUUCCCCUGCCCAAGGUGCUGGAGUACGUCAAGCUUUUCGAUCCCCAUCAGUACCAGAAGCUAAUCACCACCAAGUCGGCGCUGGACCACAGCAGGGUGAAGGUGUCAGUUCCGGCAUUUCUGACUUCCUGCAUCGUCAUGUCCACGAGCAUCUCGAAGAAGCAGAAGAUCAGCUUCCUCUUAGGCUGCUUCGACGAAAAUGACAACCUCAACCUGGACGUAGCGCAGUGGAGCUCGAUGAUGUUGUCGGCCUUCCUGACGGGGGUGGCCUCCUUCUUCUCCGUGGACACAGAGGUCUCCGGAAAUCCGCUUGCCGGCAGGUGCUGA